UGCUCUACUUAGAUUACCCCGUACCCAAACACUCCAAUAAUCAUCGUUCUCACAUGACAGUAGAGAGCUCCUCCUGUCGUUCAUAAUACCAUGUCUGCACCUGAGGUCCAUCAUUUGUUUCACAGUCCAAUUGCGGAUCAUUCCUUCUCAAGCGAUAAGAACACCUUGGCCGUUGCACGGGAGAACAAUGUGGAGCUUUAUCAGCGAACAGGCAACAAGUUCUCCUUGACCGAUGAACUGAAGGGACAUGAAAAGACCGUGACAAGCGUUGAUAUUGCUCCCAAUAGUGGCCGUAUCGUCACUUGUUCCCAAGAUCGUAAUGCUUAUGUUUGGGAACAAACUCCGACGGGUUGGAAGCCGACUCUAGUUCUUCUCCGGAUCAACAGAGCUGCAACUUUUGUGCGUUGGUCCCCAUCAGAGCAGAAAUUCGCCGUUGGCUCGGGAGCCCGCGUCAUUGCCGUCUGCUACUUUGAAGAGGAGAACGACUGGUGGAUUUCAAAGCACCUGAAGAAGCCUAUUCGGAGCACCAUCACUACUCUCGCGUGGCAUCCAAACUCCGUUCUGCUGGCCGCGGGUUCGACGGACUCUCAUGCACGGGUUUUCUCCAGUUUUAUCAAAGGUAUCGACACGCGCCCCGAGCCAAGCGCUUGGGGAGAACGUCUUCCGUUCAACACAGUCUGCGGGGAGUUUCUUAACGACUCGGCUGGAUGGAUUCAUGCCGUGAGCUUCUCCCCUAGUGGAAACGCUCUAGCUUUCACUGGUCAUGACAGCAGUGUCACUGUUGUUUAUCCCAGUGCCCCCGAACAACCUCCUAGGGCCAUGUUGAACAUCACCACACGCCUCUUACCGUUCACUAGCCUGAUUUGGAACGGGGAAAACGAGAUUAUUACCGCCGGCCAUGAUUGCGAGCCAUUUCGCUUCAGCGGUGAUGAGAGCGGGUGGAAGCUGGCAGGUGCUAUCGAGAGCAAGACGGGAGCCGGAGCUGGCAGUGUGCGGGACGAUUCGGCCCUCAAUAUGUUCCGCCAGAUGGAUCUCAAGGGACAGACUCACGCGGACACACAGCUUAAGACGAUCCAUCAGAACACCAUCAACACGAUCAGGGUGUAUGAAGAGACGGGCGGUGCGGUCCACCAGUUUAGCACGAGCGGAGUUGAUGGUCGUGUCGUGGUCUGGACCAUCUAGAUGUCCGCCCACACUUACCAUACUUCUUCAACAACGUAGUCGACGUUGUUCUGAAAUGGUCUAUACUAGAGUUCGGCACCCGAAUAGUUGGACAUGGCUGAUAUAGACUCCGUUGAACAAGUUUGGUAUCCAUGAGCAAUCACCAAUUCAUACUUUCAUCACAGUAGACAAUCGACAUGGACAGGUUUAUCAGCCCGCAAGAAACAUAUGUAAAUAUUCAAUGAGCAUUAUACAGCUACUGGAAAUUGUACUACAAAACGGUCG